UGCUAGAUCCAAUCCAGAUCCCAUUGCCGGAUGAACCAAGAAUACUGACAUAUAAGACAACGCUCACGCGCCGUUUCAGCAAGGCUUGUUGUCGCGCAGUCUUUCACUUUUGUUGUCGCUCGUUGAACCCGCCUACCCGGGACCGCUCUUUACCUGCAUAUUGCACAAUCCAUUCGUUUCAAAUUAUUCGCGAAAAUGAAGGCGUUUGCCCUGCCCGUCCUUCUCGGCCUUGUCGGUCUCGCGACUGCCCGCACCGAUCUCGCCGGCUGCAUCUCGUCGCAAACUACCAAUCAAUGGCACGAGGCCAGUAUGAUCUGGUAUGUUCCCGACACCGGCGAGAUCUGCGACUUCGUUGAUUGCGGCGGCGGUCGUGCGCCUCCCAAGACCACCCAGCCGGGUUGCCCUCUCUACUCCGGCACUGCGACUGUGACGCCCAGCUACAUGCCAGGCUGGGGUCCCAACGGAAAGUUGGCCGCUACUACCACUACCGUCUCGCAAACCACCGCCUCCACCAAGACUACUGCAACUGGCGAAUCCUCGGAAAUUUCCACCACUCAGACCCAGAGCGAUGGUAGCAUGGUCACCGCUGCGCCUACUAGCUCCCCCGUUGUUUCUCUGAGUACGAUGACUUCGUCUGCCUCGAAGGUCGGAAAUUCCACUGCCUCUGCAAACUCGACCACUUCUGCUGCGACUACCGUUCAUACCGGUGGCGCCAGUGGAUUCGCUGCUACCAACCUGGCUGGAGUUAUGGCUAUUGUUGCCGCAGCUUUGGGUGCUGUCGCCCUGUAAUAAAAUUACAAGGAUAUAUUUAAUGUUUUUGAAAUCUUGGAGAAUAAAAUUUUAAAAUACCCUUUGCCUCUGCCGGGAGAUCAAUUUCGACGCAAAUAUCACAAGCCUUUGAGAGUGUAGUCGCCGGAAACUUCAUGGGUUCACCACCCGCUUGAAUCUACUAUAGCUGUUUAAGA